AUGCUUGAACUGGUGACGGUGAUAGGAUCGGUGAAAACCUUGGUGAAGGCCGAUGACGCGGAGAGAAUGCUUGAAGUGGUGACGGUGACAGUAGCGGCAAAAAUCUCUGUGCUGGUGGUGGCGUGGUUCUUUCUGGUGUAAGUGGCGUAGGUUUGACAGCCGGCAAAGUUACACGUGUUGGUGUAGAAGUGAUGGAUGUUGGUAAACUUGGAAUUGGCUCGACAGGUGUUAUGGCAGGUGGCGGGUGAAGUGAAUUAACAGUGGCCUGCGAUUACACUGGGAUGUCUCAAAUCCCUCACCAACUAGGAUUCGGAACAUGGUUAGCUAUGUUAAUGAAAUAGUCAUCGAACAUGUUUGCAAUCGGUGUGUUGUCAGUUGUAAUAUGCUCAUUUUCCAAUAGUGCUAUGUUAUUUGCCUGAAAUGAAUUUCAGAGUAGAGAAAUGGUCAAUAAGUGUUCCAAAAUUGACUUGGGUCUUGUUUUUGUUUUUCCGAUUUCUUCAUGAAGUAUUGUUUAAUCGCUUUGUGCCUCAGUGACGUGCAUAAAAGAUUUCUGAGAAGCAUAAUUAGCAUCCAUUUUAUUUUGCAUGAAAAUCCUCCAAAGGUGAUUUCGUCGUCUUCCUCCAUUGAUCAGUCAUUUAUGAGACUUAAUUCCCACAAACACGCACCUGUUUAACAGGCACUUGCUUAUCCAAAAUAUCUAAAUAAAGCGACUGUAGUAAAAGAUCUAUGUCUGCAAAAGCAUUUGUUUCUUUAAGAAUGAAUUAAUGUCCUAGAGCACAGUUAUACUUAUGUAUUUGUUCCUAAGGGAAAAGGUUAUUAAUAAGACUUGUUACACUUCUAUGUUCAUUUCAGAGUCGUCGUUUAGGCCCAUUCCUGAUCAAUAAUUUCAAAGUCAGCUUCAUCUUUGUCAUGGUCAAAAGAUUCCAAUUCACUAAUUGCAACACCAGCAAAAACCUCAUUCACAGCAUUCAGGAUAGCCCAAGCGUGUUUUUUGUCCCACACUUCUACAACAGUGUGCACAUCUUUUAGAAUUUUCAACUUGUCACAGUUGUUCAAAACUUGAUCAAUGUGGAAUUGAGUGAAUUCUUGGAGGAUGGUGGUUGACACAAUAGGUCCACAGGUACUUUCAGACACCAACUUUUUCAUAUAAAUUUCCAACUUUACAUUCAAAGAUUCCCUCUGUUCCCUGUUUACAUUCCUGACAGGCUGAUGGACAGCGGUAUUGAAUUCAGAAUUUUCUUCAGUCAGUCAACAGUCAACUUUGUUUUAAAAACAAUAUUUGAUACACUAACCACAGUCCAUACAAUAUCUGAUAUUCGUAAGGAUCAAGGAUACACUAGGUACAGACAACAGAACAAUAAUUAUUAUAAACUGCCUAUGGAGUGGGUGGGAGGGAAAUUUGAAAUUCAAAUAAUUAUCCUUAAAAAGCUUAAUAUUGCUUGCUAAAAGUGCACUAAAAUACUAAGCUUUAGUCUGAUAAUAUCAAAAAUUAAGCAGUAGUCUACAUGCUAGAGUGUUGUAUUACAACUGGUUCUCAGUAGUCCUGUAAAAUAUUCCACACAUACUGUGAUUAAAUGAUCAAUCAUUGGCAAUAAUGGAUUGCCCCAAUGAUCAGUUGUCAAUUAUAAUCAAAGAAAUCUCUUUAUAUUAAUUUCCUCAAAUUUUUGUUGCAAGGUGUGAAUAGAAUAUGAACACUUGUCUUGAUAAAAUAAUAAUAAUAAUAAUAAUAAUAAUAAUAAUAAUGAGUAUUUAUUUCAUCAAAAGAUAAAACUACAUAUCUUAUGUUACAAUAAUACAUAGCAGGGGAAGGCUUGAUAAGUAGUUCAUACAGUAUAAGAUGUGACAUUGAUGUGUCACAUCAAAUUUGGCUCAUCCGCGGUGAAAGAACCCGUAAAACUCACAUUCUGGUUUCUCGGUCUCUAUCUAUCUUAAUCUCUCUUGCUCUGGUGGCAGAUUAAGGCUGUGGUGUUUCUGACUGCAUGCGUAGUGAUGUACUGCCAAACUUGGUGAUAUUUGGCUGAUGCAAAACCUUUGCAAUCUCAGUUGGUGGGUUGAUGGAUUCCUGAGAUCUGACUGACUCAUUUUGCUGUUUUUUCCUGUUUGUGUUCUUCUUUAAACUCGUCUGUCUUUGAACAGGGACUGGCUUCUUUCAGAGACUAAGAUCGAAUCGGCUCACUGUGGCCAAUCAGGCAUUGCGAUAGUUUGAUACAUUCUUGCUUGGCUCUAAUGACAACUCUUCUGUUGCAAAUUAACCAUGUGAACUUAUACUCAAAGUCCAAAACAUCUUGGACUUGUUUCAUUGAAUGUCACAUCAGAUUUUUUUGAGCAUGACAUCUUUUCUGUUAAAAAAAAAACUGAACAAGACUUAGCAUUGUCCUGAUAAAUCAAAAGCUUGAAUAGAGAAAGUAGCACUGAUCUAGGUGGAAUUUAAAGUUUCAAAUAUCGUUCUUCUAGAGAGCAAAUAAAAAAAAAAAACAAACAAAAAAAAACCCACAAGACUUUUAUUCACACAUAACAAACUCCUGCCCUGCAAAUUAGCAAAGAAAUGCUAUUUGAGGCAGGGAAAAGUAAUUGUAUUAAAAAUAAUGAAGAUUAGUCAACAUAACAAUAAAGAAGCUAACCUGUAGAGUUACAGGUAUUAUUUUAAAGCUUAAUGUGGAAUAAUAUUGGUUGCAGACACGGGAUUAAAUGAAAUAUGUAAAUAUUUUAACAUUUUCAUUUGCUUAAUAUCACAAAGUAUUUGGGGAACAUCAAACUAUCUUUUUUUCUAUUAAUGAAUAAAUAUCCACCAGUGAUGGGGAAACCCGUUGGCGGACAAUCAAUUUAGACUUAAAAUUGUCAGGAUUUUUCAGCAAAGCUUAAUGUCAGCCUGUGCACUACUGUAAUAAACAAGUUAUGCGUAACAUUACCUACUUACAAGCAAUAAAUAAUUUUGAUAGCGGCUUCCUUAAGGCAAGUUUAAGAAUUAGCUAGAUAAUAAUAGAUAUUCCAGUAAUAAGUGUCUGGCAGAUAACAAAUUAGAAUUAUAAGGUACACAUAAUAUAAAAGUGUACCAGCAACUGCAACUUUUCUCUCCCUUUCAGCCUUAGCCAAAUCUGCCAUAAUAUUCUGUGCUAGUUGAACUUCCAAGAGGUUAACUUGAUUGCCAUGGUGACUUGUAGUUAAAGUAAAUUUCCAUAUUAGCCUGUUUGAAAAUGUCUCAUUGUCCAGAAAGAGAUAAGAGGAUUGAAAGAUGAAUAAUAAUAAUAAUAAUAUUAGCAUAUUAUCAUUCAGUCCAAAAUCUCCUAACUUAGUAUUUGGUCCAGUGCUUCUGUAGAUAAUCCAGUAAUAGGUGAGUGGCAGAUAGUAUAUCAGAAAAACAAGGUACACAUGGAAUGCACCAGCAACUGCAACUUUUCUCUCCCUCACAGUAUUAGCCUUAUCUCCUAUAUUAUUCUGUGUUAUUUGAACUUCCAAGACAUAAAUUUGAUUGCUGUGGUGACAGUACAUUAAAUUUCCAUAAUAACCUGUUUGAAAGAAAAAAAUGUCUCAUUGUCCAGAAAGAAAUAAGAGGAUUGAGAGAUGAAUUGAGGUAUAACAGCAAAUUAACAUUAAGGCUAAACUGCUUUAAUGCAGCAUUUGGUCCAGUACUUCUACAGAUAAUUCAGUAAUAAGUGACUGGCAGGUAACAAAUCAGAAACACAAGAUACGUAAAGAAUGUACCAACUUAAUCUUUUCUCUCCCUCACAGCAUUAGCCUUAUCUCCUGCAUUAACCUUUGCUAUUUGAACUUCCAAGACAUGAAUUUGAUUGCUCUGUCUACAUUUUCAUAUAAUUUCUUUUUCCGCGGUUUAUGUAUGUCAGCGUUAACAUAAUCUUGCGGUUCACCACUAUCGUUCGUUAAACAUCCAUAUUCUGACCUUUCAAUGGGAAGCAAUUCCAUAUAAACAGAAGGCAGGACUUCUGCAUCACCUAAGAUUGAAAAUGGUUGGAAUCGUAUCAAAAUUGAGGAGAAAAAGGAAGAAUAGAUAUCUGAACAAAUUAGUGUAAGUCUGUUGUUUUUGUCUUAUUUUUUUUUUCUUGUGGGUGGAAGGUUCUGUCGUCAUUACAAAACAAGCCCACAGACAUCAGACAUAACAGAAGAGGUUUAUUAUUACCUUUUUUAAUUCAUUUGUUCAUGUAUUUAUUUUUAUCCUGUUGUUUGAAAAUGUCUUAUUGUCCAGAAAGAGAUAAGAGGAUUAAGAGAUGAACUGAGGUUUACCAGUGAAUUAGCAUUAAGUCUAAACUGCGUUAACGCAGUAUUUGGUCCAGUACUUCUGUAUAUAAAUCAGUAAUGUGAAGGGUAGGUAACAAAUCCUUGCACAACUCUACUAUGUGCCCUGUUGAUCCACAACUGCAACACAAUUUGCUCUUUGAAGCUUUUCUGGGCUGUGUGAUCUUUACCAUAAGAAAUUGGCAUUGUUUUAAAUUCUUGGUCUGUUACUCCAUCUGCCCUCCUUGGUGAUUUUGGGGUUUCUUGAGGUUAAUAACACAGUGAAAUGUGAUGAGGUGGCUGCUUUGAAGUUAUGUUCCAAGUAUAUUAAAUAUGGAUACCACAUAAAGAAACUAAGUGGUUAUUCUCAUAUCUGAUGUUUCCAUGGCAUUGAUUACGUGAAAAUGACAGAUGAUAAAGGCUGCAAACAAAAUCUAUCUGUUUAGACUACAAAGGUGCUGUGAGUCUCUGUCAAACUGAGUAAAGUAUGUUGUCUCUUUUGUGCCCCAAAGCAACUCUUGUCUGGAGGAAAAGAAACAAAAGCUAUCACAGCUGAUAUAUACCAGUAUGUGUGAGAAUGCCACUUGUUUUUCAAAACUCCUGAUUGUUGGUGAUUUUCUUGGCCUUGUGUCUUUCAACUAAGUUAUAUGUCACUCAGCUUAUCCACUAAAGCGAUCUAAGUUACUGUUUAUCCCAAUGAAUGAACUACCGCUAAAUUUACAAAACUACAAACUCAGAUCAGUGCAUUGUCCACAUGGGAGCAACUGGAAAAGCAUCGUAGGCACUUAUAGACCUUAAAAUAGAGCUUAAUCAUUAAUGCAACAACUGCUGUCUUGAAGUGAUUAUUCAAACCAUGGAUAAAAUAGUAAUAUUAAUAUUUUAUCUCUGACACUGACAACAAAGCAUUAGCAUGAUAAGUUUUUGUCACCAGGCCCACUCUAUCUUUUUACAACAGCAUUUUUAUGGCCCAGGGUUUGCGAAUACUCUAAAAUUUUUAAGGUGACUCCACUGAGGUUACAGAGGGAGUCACUUUGACUCCAGAAGGGCAUACAUAUUAAGUCAGGUGGGAAGGUCAAGGAAGUGGAGGAAGUCAAAUUACUGCAUCUGUGGGUAGGUGAUAAAGGCUUGAAAAUUUACAACACCACGUUUCCUGAUCUAAAGCAGCCCUUGGACGUGAAUUGGAAUUGGUGUGGUUUCGCUGUAGGUAGCUAUGGUUUGACUUAGCUUAUUUUUGCUGGCCAUACAUCAUAUGAAGGCUUGGUAAUGUUUACCUUCACCUUACGUAGUAAUCUUAAUUUGGGCUUUGGUACUUUCUUCUGCCUUUGCAAGGUUAUAAACUUGCUUGAUGGUCAGAGUACAUGUAUUUCCCAGCACAAUUGCAUCUCUGCAUACCUUAUUGCCAAAUGCAAGGGUGUCCCUUGAGGUACUUUUAAUGACAGUCGUUUCGUAUCUGUCAUCAUCAAUAUUUUUAUCUUUAAAUCUUGAUAAGAUCAACGUCAAUAUAGUAAUUUGACUCACUUAAAACUGAACUUGAUAAUGUUAUGAAACACACAACAUUCAAGUCCCGAAAUGAAAUUCUUGCAGUUUUUUUGCUUUUGUUUGUGGAGACAGGUCUUGCAUGUUAUUGUUAAAGUUUCUUGCAUGUCCUGCAUUUUCACUGAGUAUGCGAUUUUUCUUUCGGCAGUCUAUUCUGUUAAAGCCACUUGCUGUAUUGUAGAUCAAAGUAAAACCAAAUGCUGUGUUUCAGAUCAAGAUUGUUAAGUAUAAAAUCCUCUUGGCGUGCUUGCUUUUCUGCCUUGCUGGGAAAUCAGCCCUGCAAAAGAAUAAUCCAACUUGUGAUAAGCUGAGGAGUUCCACCAUUGCUUAGGCAAAAUAACAUAAGGGUUAAGGAUUCCUUGUUGCCAAUUGGUGUAGCCCAGAUUAUUUUGCAGCCAUGCUUUCAAUGGGAAAAGCACAUUACCAUUGAUGAUUUGAAACAGCUCCCUUCGUUCCAUAAUUGCUCCAGGUUUGCUCAGCAAAUGAAACUUGCCUCAGUACUCAUCAGGGUUGCCAUUUUUAAGAAUGGGAGUGUCCUGAAUAAUAUAGAGAGGGACAUCUCAGGGCUCAAAUUUUUUUGAAGUCUUUAUUCCCGUUAGCUAGCUGGCAUUCCUACUUUACUAGCCCAGUGCCUGAGAGCUGUAGCCCAGUACACAUUUGUAAUGAGCAGUCUUUUCUUCUGAGAGUGCGAAGAUCUAUUGUUUCUGAAAGAGCACAAGUCUCGUCGGGCCAGAAAGCCCAUGUUAACAGCAAGAAAAGUAUUGUGUUUCCAAAAAAAAGAUAGUAUAUUAAAUAUAUCGAUAAAAAAUCUGAAUUUCUAUCAUUUCCUUCAAUUUACUGUGGGAAAACCAGAGUUGAUAACCAUUUGAUUAUUUUGUAAACAAUGUUCCCAUGAGUUGACGAUACUCUUUCUUUGAUUGGAGUGCUUUUCCUACAGGCGUUCUUUCAAUUCAGUUGUUGCCCCUUCUUUUGAUUCGUGUUGUGUUCGCAUUGCACAAACUUUAUGCUCCUGUGAAUGCUGAUGACCCAUCAAUGGAUCAUGCUAAAAUUUGAUGUAACACUAAAUAAAGGGAUGGAUUUGUCUUCUAAGGAUGGAUAUUGGCGACACAUUUGCCAAAACAUCACGCCUUUUUCAAUAAAAAAUAAAGCAAGCAUGUUUGUUAGUAUGUAUUGGGCAUUGAUUUUUAUCUUAUCUAGUGGCUACUAAAAGAGCCAAUUUUUUUGGGAGAUCAACCCAGUGAACUUAGUUACAGGAUAUAAUUCGUCAAUGUGGUGUAGCCUGUUCUCGAAGCAUUUCCUGGGUGCAGUCACGGCCAGUUGAAUUGGUUGAGGUAACCUGAAAGUUUCUUCCGCUUUUUCUUCAUUUGGUUCCAAAGAUCCUCUAUGGUGUAAGUGCCAGCCCCCGUUGUAGGAUCCACUUUGAAUGUUGAAAGAAUGUUCCAGCUCUUUUAGAUCGCCUCUUCCAACACUGCCUUACUGGAAAUUCCCAUAUUAAACCAUCAGCGACAUUUUGCCUUUCUUUCAACAGUAUCACAAAACCACAGUCACACCUAGACUCAGAGGCAAUCAAGCCAAAUUCAGCAAAGAACUCAAAGAUGGAAUGGAAACUUCCAAUUGCAGCAAGUACCUUGCUGCGCUGCAUGAUUGAAACAAGGUUAAUGGAUAAAUUUUCCACCGCACUUACAACUUCUGUUGAAUCAAAGGUAACCAAUGAAGAAAUACAUGUAGUUAAUGAAUGCAGAGGCACAUCCCAACAAUGGAUCGAAUUGCUAGAAGGUGUCCAAUGUGUUGUGAAGAGUCUUUUUGGUGAAGGUAAUUUCCUUCAUCCUAUCCUUCUUCUUUAG